AUGAAACCCGCAGCACUAAUCCUAAUCCUAAUCCUGCUAACAACAAUCCCGCCACACACAGAAUCCAAAAAGCAGGGCACAAAAUUCAUGGACAAAACAACAGUGGCAAUAUACAACGACAUAAACGAGGAAGACAGCAGCAUAACCGUCCACUGCUACUCCGUCAACGGCGAUCUCGGCACGCACCAGCUCACCUACGGCACGAACUUCACGUGGACUUUCCGUGAGGAUUUUUGGGGGAUGACCAAAUACUACUGCGAUUUUGUAACGGAGUACGGAUCUGGUAAUUACGGCGUUUUCACACCUAAGCUGCGAAUUAGGUGCGAUACUUUUUGCCCGUGGUCGAUUACGGACACUGGACCUUGCCUUGAGCAAACUGCUUAUGGCCAUGAAUUGUGGUGCCAGGGUUGGAAGAUUCCCCACCCCCCGCCCCCUGCUCUCACUUAG